AGUUCUUUUCCCGCUCCGUUCUCCUUAGCAUCCGUGUGCGCCUCGCUAAAAGAAAGCCGCCAUAAAUUGAUCCUCCUUUACUAAAAGGGAGGUAGGUAUUCCGUUUUCUUAUUCUUGUUUCUCUCCCCAGCAACACAGUGAGCCACCCCUUCACUAUUGCGACACCAUGUCGACACCGUAUGCCACCUACACGCGGCAGUUUACGGCUCGCCUGCAAGCACGCAUGCACAAGCAAUCGUACGCCAACGUGAUGCAGCACAUAGACCGGCACUGUGCGACGCCGACUGGCGGUUUAGCGGAUGCUCGCAUGCAUGAAUUGAAGGACUUGGUCCAGCAACACCGGCGCACGUUCGACCCUAGCCUGAGAGCGAAAGCCCUCAGUAUCCUGCAGACACUGCCGUUGAAGUCUACCGAUGAGGAUCCACACUUUAGGUACACGUUUGCUGGGCUGCAGGCGUGCGCCCAUUUUGGCGCCGUCAACACACCCACCACCUUCAACUUUUUAAACCACGUCACUCGCCACACCUUCCUGCUGGACGGGCACUCUAUCUUUCUGUUCCACCUCACGCUGUUGAGGCUGCACCACCCGCAAACGACAGAAAUCGCGCAAAUCCUGCUGCCUCGAAUUCGCCAGGUGGUGGAUGACUUCUCCGUUUCAGAGGCGCGACUCAUUAUGGAGUUCCUCGCGGCGCAGAAGGCGCUGGAUGCCGAGUUGGCGCGGAGCUUGGUGGCUGUGAUGCGAGGCGGUUUGCCGGACAUGUCCGUAGUAGAGUUGGCGUGUUGUGUGAGCUCCGUGCAUGUAAUGGGCUCGGCGGAAGUGGCGCGCGAGUUUCUCACAGCCGCCGCGCCGCGCAUCGGUCAGGCAUUGCGGGAAUCGGUUGCGCAGCGUCACUACUACAAAUCGCUGUACUUUGCCGAGAUCGAAGAUGCUUCAUUGUUGUCGUCCGGCACCACACACGGUGAGGGGACCGCUGCGAGUGCAGGUGUGAAGAAGGCGGCGGCAGCGCGGGCGUCGAAGGCGCAAAUGCAGGCCUUUUUACUAACGGAGCAGAAGGCCGCCGGCAAGUUGCUCUUUGAGCUCCCCAGAAUCAUCUCGUACCUCUCCUGGGGUCCGCGGCGGGUGCUGAAUGAGAUAGUGCGGACGGCGAUUGCAUGGACGGAGCCGGCCACGAUGACUCCGUUUGUGUCGAGGCCCUCGUCCGACGAGGGUGCGGCGGAGUUUGGUUCCUCCGGCGCGCAACUUGGUGAUACAAUAUCGGAGGCGGAAAGGCGGGACCACGAGGACUAUCUGCAGGCUCUGCCUCAGCUCGGGCGACGUCAACUGGGCGUCGUUUUCAAGGCGCUGCACUUCGCCUCGCACCGGCAUCUUGCCGGACUGCGUAUCCUCUCAGCGCGUAUCGCUGCCAGCGCACCGGAAGCCCCCGACGCGGCGUCUGCGCUGGCGAGGGAUGAUCUGCCGCUGGCGAUUGAGACGGUCGCCUACUUCUACGCCACAGACUGCAUUCCGUCCGUGCUGGCCAUUGUGGAAGAGGUACAGACGAGCCAGCUGGCCCCUAUCAAUGCCGCUGUUGCGGAGCGGGUCUCGUCCAAUGAGAACAUCCUGCAUCUAUUGACACAAGAUGAGCUGAAAACGGUGGAGGUGAUCGCUUUGCGUACGCUGCUGAGCUGCACGCGGUUGCUCUCUGCGUGCAAUGUCGUUUGCACUUCUCCAGCUAGCCCAGGCGCGCCGCCGUCCGGUCGUCCAGUAGACCCGGAGACGACGCGGGAGUUAUGCAAACACAUCGCUGCCCUGACCACUUCUCCACUGCUGCAGCUCUACCUCGAUUACGCGCGGCUGCUGGGGCGACAGGAGGCGCCGCGAACACGCAACGCCACUCGCCGUCAGCUUGCCGGAGCAGCGCACGUGCUACACAGCAUUACAGUGCUGUUUCAAUUCGUGACGGGAGACAGCAAGGCGGAGGACUUUGUUGCACGUGCGUCUACCACCAUCGAUGUUGCGUCCCUUGAAAAAAUGCGUGCCAAUCUGCGAGACCUGACGCAGUUGGUGCAGAUGAUGGCAGAGAAGAAUCCGGGGAACUUGAUGACGGAGAUCGUGGUGGAAACUCGCGCGGCGCUGACAACGAUACAGAAGCACCCUGAGUGGUUGCCGAACGCCUGA